CGAGGUUUUGAACAGCAGGAAGGGGGCGAGUCGGAGCUUGAAGUGAUCGGUGCCUGCGCCGUGCAAUUUGUGUCUGCUGCGGUGCCGUCGAUUGUUUUGCUUCUAUGUAUGUCAGGGAGAGGUCAGGGAGCUUGAGAGGCGGAGAAACAGAGCAUAAUGGUUUGAGAUUGAGGGAGAGGGAGAGGGAAGAGGAGAGUAGUAGUAGUGGUGGUGGAGGGGAGAGUGACUCCGGGGAACGAGUAGAGCUCAGGCGUCGUCUCACGAGAGGAGGCCCAAUGCAUAGGCGGCAGCCGGCUGCGGAAUCGCCGUCUUUGUUUACCAGGGCGGUUGGAUCGGUAAUCCACCUGGUGCGCGUGGCGGAGUUUGAAAUUCUGUUCGUCUCCCUCUUUGUCUUCGCGGUCUUGUUGCUUAAAGACUUGACUGCUAGACCCGAGUACAACCAAAGAUUGUUUCAGAGGCGAUUUGAGGCGGAAUCUAAUCGACUCUACUGAGUCGCAAUAUGUUCAAGAACACAUUUCAGUCGGGGUUCCUGUCCAUUUUUUAUAGCCUUGGGAGUAAGCCAUUGCAGAUUUGGGACAAGGAAUCUCGAAGUGGCCAUAUUAGAAGGGUUGCUGAUGAGUAUCUUCAGUCAAGUGUGGUGGAGAUUGUGGGCACAAAUGUGAGUAGUAACUACAUCAGUUGCCCAGCUGAUCCCCGGUUGACACUUGGGCUCAAGUUACCUAUUUUGUCAAUUACACGAGUGAAGCCCUAUAUCUGCACUAUGUCCAUGAGGCUGGAUGAGGGUUGGAAUCAUAUCCAAUUAAAUCUUUCAGACUGUACAAGAAGGGCGUACGGUACUUAUUACGUGGAGACUUUGCGAGUGCAAGUGCAUGCCAAUUGCCGUGCCCGACGGAUUUACUUUGCUGAUCGGUUGUAUACUGAAGAAGAGCUUCCCCCAGAAUUUAAAUUUUUCUUACCUAUCCAAGUAAAAAAGCUGAAGGGACCAUGAAGGAAUGCUUUGGCGCACCUCAUUUUUGACCUGUACUAUUGGGAAUCUUGGCCAACGCCCAAUAUAUAUCAAAGUUAGAACAGGAUGAUCAAGGCCUAGCAGAGUUAGGAGAGACGUGCCUCUUUUUUGAUACUUGCGGCUACUCCUCAGUGUUGCCAACUGCACAUAAGGCUUGUAAAUCAUUUUAUUAAGUAGAUGCUUCUUUCUUUCUUUCUUUCUUCUUCUUCUUCUUCUUCGUCGUCGUUUAACUUUAAACUUAAAUAAACUUAGUUUAGUUUUAUUACCUUCCAGAAAUGUUAUCGCUAGUGGAUGCGUUACAUCUUAGUGCGCCGCAUCUUUCUGUCUUCGUCUCGCUUGCAGAAUACAUGGUUUUGCGAGGUUUUGGAAGCUGGUCUUGAUGAUGG